ACUUUUGAGAUUCUACCAACGUCGCAUAGUUCUGGUUUAUUAUUGAAAAACAAAAAACAAAAUUCCUCCAGAGACUAGACGAGGGAUAUUAAUGUAAAAUGACAAGAAUUCAAAAUGUAAAGGCACAACACAACGCGGUCUUCUUCACGUUGAAUUUUGGGAGAUUCAUUCCAACGGUAUAAUAAUUCUUUCUUUAUUUUCUUCUUCUCUGCAAAGUGCAUCGCGUUUCUCUUCCAAAACCUCAAUGGUUACUCUCAAGGGAAAAUCAAGAGCGGAAUCAACACGAGCUGCAGUAGGUGGCCAAUCGCGUCCAACUGUGGGUGGUAAGAAUUUCAAGGUUUUUUCGGAAAAUGACCGGAUUAAAGUUGAUGAUGGGACCAUGACAUCUGCAAGAGAAGUCGGUGCAGCUUCAAGAAAGAGUGCUAUAGAAGCUAACAAAGGGGUUAUUUCAAAUGGUGUCAAUAAUUCAAAGGGUGACUUCAAAAGCAUGGAGAAAAGUAAAGGAACUUAUGGCACUUCUGCAAAUAUGAACGCGAGAAAGGCAUUGGCUGAUGUUACCAAUGCUCAAGGAAACUUUACGACAGCUGCUAAGCGUAAUAUCUCCAAAAUAAAGGUUUCAGGAGGUUCAACUACUAAAACAGUGGGCAUCUCUCUGAGGAAAUCCAGCACGGUAAGAGAGCAACGAAAUACUAGUCGUGGUGGAGUUCAAUUAGAUGCUCCCAAUAGAGGUUUAAGGGUUUCUUUAGGUGAUCAGAAGAAUAGUUCAAAUUCAAAUGGAGGUCAGUCAGUUGCCACAAAGGAUAGGUUUGCAAGGAAGCCUAUGUUACCUACAACAACUACAAGCAUUUCAAGGAAGUCUCUGCCAGUUCCUUUAGGCACAGGUUUAAGGGUUUCUUUAGGUGAUCAGAAGAAUAGUUCAAAUGGACGUCAAUCAGUUGCUACAAAGGAUAGGUUUGCAAAGAAGCCUAUGUUGCCAACAACAAGCAUUUCAAGGAAGUCGCUGCCAGUUCCAAGGAGGGUAAACAGGGUUGAGAGUAAUAACACAAAGGAAAAUGCUGGAAGUUCUGAAAGAGCUAAUGGCCAAACUGGUCUUCCAAGUAAGCUGACAACAGACAGAAGAGUUAGUUCCCAACUAAUUAAUACAAGGAGCCAUCUAUUGAAGACUCGAGUUAGUGAUGGCUUUAUUCAAAUGGUUACAAGUAAUGCUUACCAAGCAUCCUCAAGGAAGUCCGCCAAGCCUAUUGUUAAGACCACACUCAAGGCUUCUACAUCUCAGAGGACUCUAAAAUCUAAAUCCAUAUCAGGCGAGAACAUAUCAAAACCAACCACCGCAAUAGCAUCUAAGGAUGAGGCAAAAGUUUCUUCAUCUCUUCCCGAGAAUAGUUCCGUGGUUGUUUCCGAUGACGCAAAUCAAACCCAUCUUCCAUCUGAAGGGGAGAGCAGUCUGAAAACAGAUUUAUCAGAGUUGAUUCCAAGAAAAAGAUCCAGCCGUCGGAAAUCUUAUACAACUUCAUUAAUGGAAAAAUCUAAGAUUCUCAAGGAAAAUGGUGAAGUUAGGGCGCAGGAUAACCUACCAAAUAUAGAUGAUGAAUGUAAUCAUCUAGAAGUUUCUGAAUACAUUGAUGAUAUAUAUCAGUACUAUUGGGAUACCGAGGCACAUAGUCAAGCUCUAUCAAAUUACAUGUCAAUUCAGACAGAGAUUACUCCUCACAUGCGGGGAGUAUUAGUCAACUGGCUAAUUGAGGUACACUUCAAAUAUGAUUUGAUGCCUGAGACCCUAUAUCUGACAGUGACACUGUUGGAUCAAUAUCUUUCCCAAGUGAACAUAAAAACAAGUGAUAUGCAGUUAGUUGGUCUUACAGCACUUUUGCUGGCUUCAAAGUAUGAGGACUUUUGGCACCCAAGGGUAAAAGAUUUGAUUAGCAUCUCAGCCGAGUCGUAUACUAGAGAUCAGAUGCUUGGAAUGGAAAAGCUUAUUCUUAGAAAAUUGAAGUUCCGUCUUAAUGCUCCCACUCCUUACGUUUUUAUGGUUAGGUUUCUCAAGGCUGCACAAUCAGAUAUGAAGCUUGAACACAUGUCAUUCUUUCUCAUUGACCUAUGCUUAGUUGAAUAUGAAGCUUUAGCGUUCAAGCCUUCAUUACUAUGUGCAUCAGCUCUCUAUGUUGCACGUUGUACCUUGAAAGUAACCCCAACAUGGACACCACUACUUCAGAAGCAUGCGCGCUACGAAGUUUCACAGAUCAGGGAUUGUGCGGAUAUGAUAUUGAAAUUCCAUAAAGCUGCUGGGAAGGGAAAGUUAAAGGUCGCUUAUGAAAAAUAUUUCAGAAAGGAACUCAGUGGGGUCGCUGCAGUGAAGCCGUUGGAUAGACUUCCCCAUUGAUUUGACUUGUGCUGGAGAGUCGUACCUUUGUAGUAUAAUGCGACAUUCUUCUCAAAUCUUUGAAUGUAGUAUCCUCUUCAUUUUUUUGUUCUUUAGCCAGAAAUUCUGGGAUUAUUAACCCUUGAGUCUGUCUAACAACAUUUGUGAUGGCAUAUAAUUGUGUAUCCAGAAAGAUCCUUUUAUCAGGUUGGAUUCUUACAACCUUAGUUACA